AUGUCCAGAAUAGCGAAGGAUUGUAGCACAUCGGAAAAGAAAAAGAGGGAGCCUUUCCCAAUUUUGCAAAACCCGCUCAACUCCAUACGUGUGGUCAAAGUUUUAGCAAAGCUUGACCAGAAUGAUGCUAUACAAUGCGUAUCGCGUUGUUCAAGCCUUGAGUUCAACUAUAUGGCGGUCUCCUACGAAUGGGGAAACAAAAAGUGUGAAGAAAUAAAGCUUAACCACUCACCACAUGCGGUGGGUGCUAACCUUCUUCGAUUGCUUGAAUAUGCGCGAAUUCCAUACGCGGGAAGAUGGCUCUGGAUUGAUGCAUUGUGUAUCAAUCAUGCUAACUACAAUGAGCGGAAGGCUCAAGUCAGUAUCAUGGGCGUCAUCUUUUCAAGCGCCAACCGGGUCCUGGCUUUUAUUCCAGCGAAAUGUGGAUUCGCACCUCAACAACCUGAACCUCAGCGACCUCUGCACAGAGCUUGGUCGUUCCUGGAAGGAAUGGAACGGAAAGCGCCAAUCUCUGACUGUUUCGUUAAAUGUAAAUGCGGCGGUUGUGGGCGCGAAAGUCAUUCAUGGAAACGGGAUAUCGUCCAAGGGAUCAUUGAAAUUUGCCGGUGCAGCUACUGGGAACGUUUAUGGAUCAUUCAAGAAGUCGUCUCAGCACGCAAGCUCCUUCUCACCAAUGGAAUCCAAAGGAUAAAAUGGGCCACGUUGCAAUUAGGUUUGCAGAAGCUGAAACAAUGCAAUAAAUUGAGUCAAGAUCAACAGGAUGAACUCAGCUUGAGCAUCCCAUUUCGAGUCCAGGAGUUACGUACCGGUCAGCGACGUGCGUCGCUGGUGGCUUUGCUCUCUGAUUAUGGUUCUCAGAAAUGCCGCGAUUUUCACGAUCACGUUCAUGGGUUGCUCUCGAUCGCAAUCAAUGGUCACCGCUACCCAGUUGAUUAUAAAUCGAGCAAGCUACAAUCAUUGUUUACCACCAUCGAAUUUUGCCGCAAACAUGGUGCUUACCUCCCCGAAGAAACAGAGCUGUUUUCUGUCGCGAGCACAAUUUGCAGUGCUUUGAGCAUCGAUCUCGAGUUAUUAAUGGACAGUUCUCCUUCUUUUUGCAACAUUGAGGACAUCGAAUGUCGGGCACUGCUUUCACCCUUCAAAAUCACUACAACAGUCAAACAAGGCUAUCAAAGAAAUGCUCCCAUUGAGUGCCAUUGCUGCCACUUGAGUGUUGACCCCGGUGCGUUGGAAGAGGCGCACUACUUGUUAUGUCUUGCGGACGAAGGAGCUGGCACACACCUUCUUUUUCGCAAGGCCGAAAAUUUUCGACAGGAGGCCCGCCUGAUAACCGCAUUCCCGCCGCACGGCGAUGGACCCGAUCCUGACAGAGUGUCAGCGAAUGUGGAAGAAAAAGUGACAGAUCUUUCCUUGUCGCCAAGUCCAGCCGGAUUGUAUUACAUCCUGCGUAUGACACCUGCGGCUUUUCUUCGUAUUUUGCGCCAUGAGCACACAAAUUUGGAUGAUAUCCUACUCAGAACUCAGCAGCUCUGCAUUAUUUCAGAAGGCGACUCGAAUACGAAAGGAGGUGUGGACACUGCACAAGAGCAAGCUGAGGAGGGAUAA